AUGCCAGAAGUCAUCAUCACCGGCUGGGACACCCGCGAUGUGCGGUUCCCUACCUCUCUCGACAAGACCGGCUCCGAUGCCAUGAACGCAGCAGGGGACUACUCCGCCGCAUACUGCAUCCUGAAAACCGACUCCCAAUUCUCCGGUCAUGGAAUGACCUUCACCAUCGGCCGCGGCAACGACAUCGUCUGCAAAGCAAUUGACAACGUCGCCGGCCGCAUCAAAGGCCGCACCCUCUCCUCCCUCGUCGCGAACUGGGGCCAAACAUGGCGAUACCUAGUCUCAGACUCGCAACUGCGCUGGAUCGGACCUGAAAAGGGAGUUAUCCACCUUGCGCUUGGUGCUGUGGUAAACGCCAUCUGGGAUCUCUGGGCUAAAACAUUGAAUAAACCGGUGUGGAAGAUUGUGGCGGAGAUGUCCCCGGAGGAGUUUGUUAGGUGCAUUGAUUUUAGGUAUAUUACGGAUGCGAUUACACCAGAAGAAGCAGUGGAAAUGUUGAGGAAGGAGGAAGUGGGGAAGGCGAAGAGGAUGAAGGACGCCGAGAAUUCGAGGGCGGUGCCGGCCUACACGACGAGUGCGGGGUGGCUUGGGUAUGGAGAGGAAAAGAUGAAGGGGUUGCUCGAGGAGACACUCAGCAAGGGAUACAGACAUUUCAAGCUCAAAGUCGGCACGAGUGUUGAGGCGGACAGGAGAAGGUUGACAAUUGCGAGGAGCGUGAUUGGGUAUGAUAAGGGGAAUAUCUUGAUGAUUGAUGCGAAUCAGGUCUGGUCCGUCCCCGAAGCAAUUGAAUAUAUGCAACACCUCAAAGAGUUCAAGCCCUGGUUCAUCGAAGAGCCCACGUCUCCCGACGAUAUCCUGGGCCACAAAGCCAUCCGUGACGCCCUCCGCCCCGAUGGAAUCGGCGUCGCAACAGGAGAGAUGUGUCAAAACCGCGUGAUCUUCAAGCAACUUUUGGCCAGCGGAGCCAUCGAUGUGUGUCAAAUCGACGCCUGCCGCAUGGGUGGCGUGAAUGAAGUGCUCGCAGUGCUCCUCAUGGCGAAGAAAUUCAACGUCCCGAUCGUACCCCAUUCUGGAGGCGUGGGUCUACCCGAGUAUACGCAGCAUUUGAGUACGAUCGAUUAUGUAGUUGUGAGUGGAAAACUCAGUGUGUUGGAGUAUGUGGACCAUUUGCAUGAGCAUUUUGAGCAUCCCUCUGUGAUCAAAGAUGGGUAUUAUCAGACGCCUAUGGAACCGGGGUAUAGUGUUGAGAUGAAGGCGGCGAGUAUGGAGGCUUAUGGUUUCCCUGGUGGACCUGGGGGUUGGUGGAUGAGUGAGGAGGCGAAGCCGAUUUUAGACGGGGAGAAGAUCUAG